GACCUUAUUCUUUGAAGGGGGCGUUUCCCCGCAACCUCUGGGUUCCCGACUAGCUGGGACUCUCAGCAUAUACAAGCCGAGCACCUCGCUCUUCAUUCUCCAGAAUUGCCAUGUUUUAGUGAAUAGCUCUUAUCAGAAAACAUCACAAUGACAGACCAUACACAUAAUUCCCAAGGCGAAGGCCAUCUUCGGCCUCGCCUAUCAAAGAUCACCAUGGUAGCCAUGACCUUUGCCAUUCUCAAGUGUGUCUCUCCCAACCUCUCUGUCCAAACCAUGUUCUGAUGUGAAGUCCAGUACUUGGAUCUGUCUAGCAGGAAGUCUAUCUAUUGUUCUUCCUUCUGGAGGAUCUGUUGCUUUCUUGUAUGGCUUUAUCUUCUGCGUCUUGUGUAAUUUUGCGCUGGCGGCCAGUUUGGGUGAGUUGGCGGCGAUUUGGCCGACUGCUGGUGGGCAGUAUCAUUUCCAGUGGGCAUUGACUUCUGAGAAGUGGAGGAAGGUCAUGGUGAGUUUUGUGGUGCGUAGUUGCUGGGAGAAUAUUGACGAUAGCAGAGUUUUGCGGUUGGAUACAUCAAUAUUUUUGGGUGGCUGACUCUCGUGACGACUGAGGGUUUCUUCGCAGCACAAUUCAUCUCGGCUGCCUGCGUCGUAGCAUCCAACGGAAACUACGUUGUGGCAGCAUGGAAGACGUACCUAAUUUUCAUGGCAGUCCUCACAUUCGGCACUCUCUCCAUGACCUUCGGCAACCGGAUUCUGGGUGCCUGGAACAAUCUUGCCUUGUACUGGUCCAUUCUUAGUGUGUUCGUCGCCAGCGUCGUCCUUCUCUCGACAUCCGAUAAAACCGACCCCGAAUUCGUCUUUGCGACAUUUGCGAACGAAACAGGCUGGAACGACGGAAUUGCGUGGAUCUUGGGCCUUCUGCAGUCAGCGCUGUCACUCAUUGGAUACGAUGCUGUGCUGCACAUGACUGAGGAGAUGCCAACGCCGUCUCGUGAUGCUCCAUUGGCGAUGGUAUACGCUGUUGGUGUCGGAGGAACAACCGGUACAAUCUUCAUCCUCGUCAUGCUUUUCUGUCUCACCGACCUCUCCGGCAUUGUCGCAACAUCAACAGGCAUGCCUAUCGUCGAGCUCAUCCUUCAAGCAACCGGCAGCCGCGCUGGCACAACAUUCCUCACGCUCAUGCUAGCAAUCUGCUUCAUCCACGGAACCAACGGCUCGAUUACCAGCGCGUCCCGACUCCUAUACGCUAUGGCUCGUGAUAAAGGUACUCUGUAUCACGAUUACUUCAGCCACAUCCAUCCCAGAUGGGAAGUACCCAUCAGAACUAUUGUUCUUACCUGGGUGUUUAAUGCGAUAUUUGGAUUGUUGUAUCUCGGGCCGACUGUUGCGUUCAAUGCGUUUAUUUCGAGUUGCACAAUCUUGUUGAACAUGUCGUAUGCUAUUCCGGUUGCCACGCUUAUCAUUCGCGGCCGGGAUACUUUGACAAGGUUUCAGAGCGCGGAAACACCUUGGAGGUUUGGCAAGGUUCGGGGUUUGAUCAUCAAUUACGUUGCUGUUCUUUACGUCUUCAUCACAUCGAUUUUCUUCUGCUUCCCGCCUGUUCUGCCAGUCGAUGCCAGCUUGAUGAAUUACGUCUCGGCUGUCAUUGGCAUCUUUGCCAUUUUCCUGACAGGAUACUGGGUCUUUUACGGAAAGAAGACAUUCCAGGGCCCGGUAAGUUUCAUUUCACGCUCUCUGAGAAUAUUACUGAUGAUUGUGGCAGGAUCUCGAUGUGAUUCUUGGAGAAAGACCGGACCUUGCCGAAGCCACGGAUGAGUUGGCGAUGGAAGAAAAAAAGGUCGAGAGUCCAACGGAGUGAUAUGCUGUACCAUAACGGGCUUUAUAUAGCUUACAUUUAAUGACUUGAAUGAACUUUUAUGAUGAUAUUGCUCCCAACCAGCCAUCUCCUGUAAUCGGC